GAGUCAGCGUUCGGCCAUUGCAACUCUGCUCCAUAGACGCGUUGUAUGUGAAUGAUCCCGUUUACUUCGUUUAAUUGUUUAAUUAACGGCAUUAUUAUUUUUACGUUUAAUAUUAUUCAAAGUAUUGGAUAUAUCCGUGGUAAUCAUGAGCGAGCGACCAAGUAAUGGUGAAUACAAAUAUCAAAGGGAAGAUAAUGCCGAUUCGAAGGUAAGAACAUCGUCAGAGAAGGAUCGUGAUGAAAAGGAACAUCAAGUUGAUAAGGCCGGGGAAUACGUCCGGGAGCUAUUGCAAGAAAAAGUUGAAUUGGAUUCACAAAAAUGGCCUAUUGCAACUAGACUGAUCGAUCAAGAAAUUCAAAAAACUCAAGCUAUUGGUAAACCUGUAAGAGAUCCAAAAUAUGUUGAUAUUUAUCGUGAAAAACCAAUUCGUGUUUCGGUUAAAGUAUUGGUACCUGUUCGAGAGCACCCAAAGUUCAACUUUGUUGGAAAAUUAUUGGGACCGAAAGGUAAUUCUAUGAAACGUUUACAAGAAGAAACUAUGUGUAAAAUGGCAGUAUUAGGCAGAGGAUCCAUGAAAGAUCGUCAAAAGGAAGAGGAGUGUCGCAUGUCUUUGGAUCCAAAGUAUGCGCAUCUUUCGGACGAUCUUCAUGUUGAAAUAACAGCGCUUGCACCUCCGGCAGAGGCUUAUGCUCGUAUUGCGUUUGCAUUGGCUGAAGUUCGGAAAUACCUCAUUCCGGAUAAUAACGAUAACAUACGCCAAGAACAAAUGCGUGAAAUGGAAAUGAGUAUGACCGAUGAUCCAACAAGUGGAGACGACAGGAGGCCCUCAGUUAGAGGUGUACCGGGUGGUGGUGGAAUACUAAGACCUACUGCCAGACCGACAAUGCCGCGAUCUUCACGAGACUUUUCCAUUUCAGCGGCGAUACUUCCACCGCCUUCUAGCCGAGGACCAAUAUCACGUCCUGUGUCAGCAAAGAGUAAAGUCUUUUCCAUUUUAGAUCGUGCAAGAGUUGCGAUGGAUCAAAGUUAUGGUUACGAGACUGCUACUCCACCUCCAAGUAAUCGUGUCGGAUCACAUCAUGAUUAUGAUUAUCACACAUCGACGAGCAGUAGCAGCCGAUACGGAGAUCGGCAUUAUACGUCAGCAUCAGGAGAUGAUAUGUAUCCUUCCUCGAGGUACACAACUUACGAGUACGAUGACGAUGCUGUCCCACACUCUUCGCACGAUUACUAUGAAACAUCAGAAUAUCCAGAGGAAUCAUCGAGCCGCGCAUGGAAAUCGUACAAGACGACAACGACAUCGGGCUCAAGCUCGCGCUACCGCAACGCCCCGUAUUCACGACCUUCCAAGUAAAAAAUCCACGCAAAAUAUCCUAAUAUUUUCUUAAUUUUGCUCGUAUCCAAACAAUUCCUGAAUUCUUAAGCGAAGCAACGAUCUUUCUUUUCUGACUUUAUUGUUUCUCAUAGCCCUAAACCGUUGACGUGUAAUCUUCCUAACACACGACGACCUACAGCGUCGACGAUGUCAAAACCUGUAAACAACCGAGGUCGGUUUUAAAUGAAAACGGAGGCACGGAGAGACUAACACGGUAAACGAUAUAUAAACGGUAUUACAAUUUUUCAUGGUAUUGCGACGAUAGAGACGGAUGCAACGUAACUGCCAUUAUCAAUUCGACUUAUCGAGGGUUUGCUCAAUGAAAAUUACCGUAUGAACGAUACCAGUGAAAUUUAUGCCAGUCUUCGAUUACGAUGCUUCGUAGUUCUCCUUUUCGAACAAAAUUCUCGUUUCUUUCACGAAAGAAACAAUCACGCCCUCGGAUUUUUGCCUCUUUUUAGUUCUACGCAAUACGAUUUCUCCAAUCGCUAUGUAACGAAGCUAACGUGCUUUUCAGAUGAAGUUUUCGUGACUACUGGAAUAAGCACCGCAGCUCGUAAUACGAUGAAUACUGUAAUGAAAAUAUUUUGACGACUUCUAUCGUGAGUUGCACGUAGAUUUGACCCCGUAGAAAGUCUGAAUUCAUUUGUGUCGGUUUUGUACUGGUUUUCUAUCGAAGUAUUACGAAAGAGAGGACAACGCGUUCCUUCAAAUCCUUUCCCCUCCUAAAAAGAGAAAAAAAAAAAAAUAUUACGUCAGAGUGGAAGGCUAGAGGACCAAGAGGAUCUGUGGAACGAGACAAGUAAAAUUAUUAAAUGAAAAAGAGAGAGAGAAACGUCGGAGCUGUGUCACAUUUUUCUAUAGGUUCAAUUUCAUAUCUUUUUACAUUAUUGUACGCGUAGUUAAGUUUUAUUUUCUCCUUCCC